UCAUCCCGUGGUUCACGGCAUCUACAUCAAUCAUGAGUCGCAGUGGUCGUAGUACCUUCAUGUCCGAUGACAAGCGAUCAGAUAAAGACAAACUUGUCGUUAAGAAUGCUGACAUGUCUGAUGAAGAUCAAGAGGAUGCCGUAUCAGUGGCGCAGGAAGCGUUCGAGAAGUUUACCGUCGAGAAGGACAUCGCCGCCCAUAUCAAGAAAGAAUUCGAUAAGACCCACGAACCGACCUGGCACUGCAUCGUCGGGCGCAACUACGGCAGCUACGUCACGCACGAGAAAGGCGGUUUCAUCUACUUUUACAUCGGUCAGAAAGCGAUCCUUCUCUUCAAAUCAGGCUAGGGACAAACAAAAUCAGCGAAAUAGAAUCAAAUAGCUGGAAUCAUUUUAGGU